AUGGUUUUUAACUUGGAGGAGUUUUUGAAAGCACCAGAUGCACGGUUACUUGAAACUCUGAGAACAGAUGAACUGUUUGAGGUUGUGACAAAGUUUCAUUUGAAUGUUAAGCGUAGUGCUCGGAAAAUAGAGAUCAGAAAUGCUGUGGUUCAGUAUUUAGUCCUUAAGAAUAUCUUAGAUGAUAGUGCUUUGUCAUUGGUUGUAGAUCUUAAACACAGUGAAAUUGAAAAUAGAAAUUUUGAAUAUGAAUUGGAAUUCAAGAAACUAGAAAUUGAACAAGAGAGAGAAAGACGUGAAUUUGAGAGAGAAAGAAGAGAAUAUGAAAGAGAGAAAAGUGCACAAGAUCGAGAACAUGAGUUACAGAUUAAAAAAUUAGAAUUUGAGACUCAAAAGGUUAAACAUGAAUUAGAACUUGAGGCUAGGGCUAGGUCAAAAUCUGACUUUGAUGUAACAAAAAACAUAAGACUUGUCCCAAAAUUUCAAGAGAAAGAUGUUGAUAAAUAUUUUAUUCAUUUUGAGAAAAUAGCAGAGAAUUUGAAAUGGCCAAAGGAAUACUGGCCACUAUUAUUACAGAGUGCAUUUGUUGGCAAAGCUAGGGAAGUUUAUAGUGCAUUGUCACUUCCUCAAAGCACAAAUUAUGAUGUUAUUAAGAAAAAUGUCUUAAAAGCAUAUGAACUUGUACCAGAAGCCUAUAGGCAGAAAUUUAGAAAUUACAAGAAAUUCAAUGAAAAGACUCAUGUUGAAUUUGCUAGAGAGAAACAAAAUAUGUUUGAGAGAUGGUGCACUUCUAAAAAUGUUGGAUCAGACUUUGAAAGGUUGAAGCAGGUAAUUUUGAUUGAGAAAUUCAAAAACUGCAUUCAUUCUGAAAUUAGAACCUAUUUAGAUGAACAGAAGGUUGAGACUCUUGAGCAAGCUGCGACUGCAGCUGAUGACUAUGCACUAACACAUAAGGUUUCAUUUGUAAAACCCAGUAGUGAACAGAGGAUGAACCCCUCUGAUGGUUCUCGAGGGGCACCAGACACUUCACAGGUAAAUCAUCCUAAGUUAGCCUACUCUGAGAUUAAAGGUAAGGACAAGAAAAAUGAAAGCUUACAGCAGAUCCCAACUUGUAAUUAUUGUAAAAAGAAGGGUCACAUUAAGUCUGAAUGUUGGGCAUUACAGAAGAAAAAACUGGUAAGUACUGCUGAUGUGCAGCCAAGUCCCAGUGCCCUUACAUCUGUCCAAGGUAAGGUUACCUGCAGUCAGUUUGAGAACACAGAGGUCAAGCCAGAGUCUGAUGUUCUUAGAGAGGAAUUUAAGCCUUUUGUAUUUAAUGGUUUGGUGUCGGUAGAUACCGACUCGCACCCUAUAAGAAUUUUGAGGGAUACAGGUGCUUCUCAGUCUUUAUUGUUAGAGGGCGUGCUACCACUGUCUGAGAAGACACACACAGGUUCUGAAGUGGUGAUUCAGGGUGUAGAGUUAGGACUGGUAAAAGUUCCUCUUCAUGUUAUAGACUUGAAGUCAGAUUUAGUCUCUGGGCCUGUGGUCGUAGGUGUUAGACCCACUUUACCUGUUAAGGGAGUUUCUCUUCUGUUAGGCAAUGAUUUAGCUGGGGGUAGGGUGGUACCUGACCCAAUCAUCUGUGAAAAGCCUAGUCUUAUAGCAGAGGUAGAGGAGGAGAAUAAAGAGUUAUUUCCUUCAUGUGCUAUUACAAGGGCUAUGGCUAAGAAACUAGGGCAUGAUAAACAGAAGUUAGAUACAGGAAAGGACUUUUCUGUAGACCUUAAUGGGACAUUUUUGUCAGAGAUGUUAGAAUCAGAAGGUCACAUUUCCCCUGAGAAUCAAAAGUCUAAGUCUAAAAGUAAUGUACUUGGUUUAGAGGAAAUGUUGGACAACACCCCUCUUACUAGAGUUGAAUUAAUAUCUGAACAAGAGUCAGAUGCUGAACUUCAAGGUCUCAUUGAACAGGCUAUGUCUCCAGAAGAGACGGAGAAGGUCCCUGUUGGUUACUAUAAGAAUCAGGGUGUGUUAAUGAGAAAAUGGCGUCCCCCUGAUGCUUCAGUAGAUGAUGAAUGGCAAAUUCGCCAUCAGAUUGUUGUUCCGAGGGCAUAUCGUAAAACGGCCAUAGGUCUCGCCCAUGACACACCAAUGUCGGGUCACUUGGGGGUCACAAAGACCUACCAUAAAAUAUUGGCUCACUUCUUCUGGCCAAAAAUGAGAAGGGACAUAGUUGACUAUUGUAGGUCUUCUCAUGUCUGCCAAGUAAUAGGAAAACCUAAUCAAAAAAUCCCUCCUGCUGCUCUUAAGCCUAUCCCUGCUUUUGAUGAGCCAUUUACUAAGGUCAUUAUAGACUGUGUGGGUCCCUUACCUAAAACCAAAGCUGGUAAGCAGUACUUGUUGACAAUAAUUUGUGCGUCAACACGCUUCCCCGAAGCAAUUCCCCUUCGUAACAUUAAGUCUAGAACAGUUGUCAAUGCUUUGACUAAGUUUUUCACCAAUUUUGGUUUGCCCAUAUCAGUACAGUCUGAUCAAGGUUCCAACUUCACUUCUCAGGUCUCUAAACAGAUCAUGCAGGAGUUAGGGGUUAAACACCAUUCCUCCAGUGCAUAUCACCCAGAGUCCCAGGGGGCUCUCGAGAGGUUUCAUCAAACCUUGAAAAAUAUGAUUCGAACCUAUUGUUUAUCAAAUGAGAAAGAGUGGGACCAAGGAAUCCCCUUUCUUUUAUUUGCUGUUAGAGAUGCAAAACAGGAAUCCCUGGGUUUUAGUCCCUUUGAACUUGUUUAUGGUCACACAGUAAGAGGGCCAUUAAAAUUGUUAAAAGAGAAAUGGUUGGUUGAAGAGAGUCAGUCAAGUCUAUUAGAUUAUGUUGCAAAGUUCAAAGAGAGACUCAGUCAGACUUGGAAACUAGCCAGAGAGAACUUAAAGGUAAGUCAAGAUAAAAUGGAAACCUGGUAUGACAAACGUACAAAGACUAGAACAUUUAAGCCAGGAAACAAGGUCCUUGUCUUGCUACCCAUUCCAGGUCAGCCUUUACGUGCUAAAUACUUUGGCCCAUUUGAAGUUGAGCAAAAGGUCAAUGACUUGAAUUACAUUAUUAAGACCCCAGGUCGACGCAAGAGCAAACAGCUAUGCCACAUCAACAUGAUCAAACAGUAUCAUAACCGAACUGACAUAGAUCACCCCAAGGUAGAAUCAGUUGCUGCUUCAAGCGCUGAAGUCACUACCCCAGAUCAAGACCCAUUUGCACAUGAGUAUGAUCAAUCUACUCCUAAGUUGAAAAACUCUGACAUUUUUUCUGAUUUGCAGUCUAAACUUGGUCACUUGCAUGAGAAUGAAAAAGAAGAGCUAAUGUCUCUUAUACAGGAAUUUUCACAUUUUUCCCAGAUGUUCCUAAAAAGACCAAUCUUGUAUAUCAUGAUAUAG